UAGACUUUAUUUGCAUUGAGAAUGUUUAGUAAAUAGGAUUGACUAGGACUAAACAAAGCGCUAUUGUAAUGUACCGAAUCAACAUUUAUCUCCCUUAAUCAAAAUUUCUAUUUAAAUUCAGCUGUAAACAAAAAUGUCGAGAAACGCCAGCAGCCAUCAACCAAAUGUAUGCAUAUAUGCAGUUGUGGACGUCAGUGGAAGCAUGCAAGGUUCAAAAAUAGGAUCUGUGUGUACCACAAUAAAAGAUAUGUUCAACACAUGGCCCGAUUCAGUUUUAUUUGAUUUGACGUUAUUCAAUGAUAAAGCGGAAAAAAUAUUCACUGCCCUAAAAUCAAAAUUACAAAUUCACGAAAUUGUUCGAAAAAUUCAAGAUAAAUGUGCAUAUGGAGGAGGCACUGCACUGUAUGAUGCGUGGGGAGAUAUGCUUACAUCUAUUCCUGAUGCAGUUUUGGCGAGUGAGGAAACUCAAAUUUUUAUCCUGACUGACGGUGAAGACAAUAUGUCUAGCAGAUAUACACUAAAUGAUGUUUUGGAGUUGACUAAGAGACGUAUAUCCAGUAAUGCUCAAUUCACAUUGAUUGAUGUCGGCAAAUCAAAUAUCCAUUUGACGAAUUCCAUCAAUAGUGUUGGAAAAAGUCAAAUGCAAGCAAUGAACGUUGACAACAGUGCAAGUGGUAUUAAAACGGCUCUACAAUCUGUUAACAGUAACAUACUAACAUCAAUACGAUCAACGCAACUACCAAAAUCGAAUCCAAUCGAUAAUCGAAAACUCACCACCCCUUCGGCAGUAACUGCUACCAUUCAAUCCCAACAUCCAUUGUUGAGUACGGUUAGAAAAGCACCAACUACUUCGGUGACACCUAAGUUAGCACAUUCAUCUACUAACGAUGCAACUACUUCAAAGAAAAUGACAUCUUUAACUGCAAAUAAAACAUCACAUCCUACCGACUCCAAUGUAUCAUAUGUGUUGAAGUAGGAAAGGCUUGGUAACAACGACUAAGGAAUUGAGUACUUUUC